GCGGGGGGCAUCGGGCAGGCGGUCGAGGCGCCCGCCCGCGCUUUCCUUCUCCAGGCGUGUCUCGAGGGCGGCGGGACUCAGGGCCGCCAUUUGGGGCGGCGGCGGCGAUACUCAUUGAUUAGAUUUAUUUCCUGCCGGUUUCCUUUUAAAUGAGUCAGAGCAGCCACAACAACCCUGUGAGGCCUCAUAGAACAGAACUAUAUCAAGAUAUCCCACCAACAUGCUGGCCUAUUGUGUAUUCUCCAGAUUACAACAUUACAUUUAUGGGAUUGGAGAAACUACAUCCCUUUGAUGCCGGGAAAUGGGGGAAAGUAAUAAAUUUCUUGAAAGAAGCAAAACUAAUUGCAGAUGAUGUGAUUGUACAAGCCCGAGAAGCAACUGAAGAAGACCUUUUGGUUGUUCACACAAGACACUAUUUGAAUCGAUUAAAGUGGUCAUUUGUUGUGGCUACAAUUACAGAAAUCCCACCUGUUCUUUUUAUGCCCAACUUCCUUGUUCAGAGGAAAGUGUUGAAGCCCCUAAGGACACAAACUGGAGGAACAAUCAUGGCAGGGAAACUGGCCAUUGAGAGAGGAUGGGCAAUCAAUAUUGGUGGUGGCUUUCAUCAUUGUUCAAGUGAAAAAGGUGGAGGAUUUUGUGCAUAUGCUGAUAUCUCGUUGGCCAUAAAGUUUUUAUUUGAAAGAAUAGAAGGUGUUUCUAAGGCAACUAUUAUAGAUCUGGAUGCACACCAGGGAAAUGGCCAUGAAAGAGACUUCAUGGAGGACAGAAGAGUGUAUAUUAUGGAUGUUUAUAACAGGUAUAUUUAUCCAGGAGAUGGAUUCGCUAAACGUGCUAUAAGACGGAAAGUUGAAUUGGACUGGGGCACAGAAGAUGCAGAAUAUCUCCAAAAAGUUAGGACACAUGUGGAAGGAGCAUUGAAUGAAGUGAAAUCAGACAUAAUUAUUUAUAACGCUGGAACAGAUAUUCUAGAUGGUGACCCCUUAGGAGGCCUGGCUAUUUCACCUCAGGGCAUUAUUGAAAGGGAUGAAAUUGUGUUUAGAGCUGCCCGAAAACACGGCAUUCCUAUUCUGAUGGUGACAUCGGGCGGCUACCAGAAAAGGACAGCGCGGAUUAUUGCGGACUCUCUUCUCAACUUGCACAGUUUAGGGCUUAUUGGCAAGGAGCUCGCAGCUGGUGAACCGGAAAGGUGGAAAUGAUGGGUAGAGAACAUGAGGAACGUCAGUUAACAAAGUAGAAUUUGUGAAUUAUUGUAUAAUGUUCAGGCAACUCUAAUUGUUUAAUAUUUAAACCAAGAGACAAGGAAUAUCCCCAGUUCUCAUAGAAUUAGUAUACACUAAUAGCAAAGGAUUUUUAAGUUGCCCAUACUUACAGUCCCACAAGGAAAAUCAGUGGGUGCUUCUUACUGCCUUCUCCAACAUUUUCAGAUGCUACUUGGUUAAUACGGAUCUAAUAUCUGGGCAUGGCUGUUCUUCUGUGGUCAGAGCAUGAAAGUGCUAACAGCCCUGCUUACCUUACAGUGGUCUAUUUCUUUGUUGACUAAAGGAGCACCUUUGUUGAUUAACGGAUAUAACAAGUUCUUCCAGCGGAUAAAAGAAUGUUUUAAACCCCAGAGCAAAAGUAUUUUGAGGAGGAGCGCCAGGAUGCUGCCAGCCUAAGAAAAGGAAGUAACGUGUGUGGAACUGCAGCAUUUCUGCCAUUCCAAAGUACAUCUCUAGGAGGAGAGCCGCAAUCCAGUUUGAGUGUGAGGAUUUGGGUUAUCAACAUAAUUCUAUAUAAUUCUCAAUAACUGAUUAAGCUUCACUGAGAAUGGGGGUUUAUCUUACCCAUAUACUUUAGUGUUCCUGAGCAUUAGAACCUUUUAUUCAACGUACCAAAAUGGCAAGGAAGGGAUCUUUCUUUCCUCCCCAUAACGGUACAUGAAACAUUACUUAUCUUUUUGCUUUUGUAUUUUACAGCUGAAAAUCUGGGAUUUUAUCAAUGCUUUUUGAUCUGUUUCAAAAGACACAGUGGAUAUUAUGUCAGUAAAAGUUCAAACUGGCCAUAUAACUAAAGUGCACAGAAAAAGUACCAUUUAAGUUCCAUGGAAUCUGUGCGCGAUGCUAAAAAAGUUCAACUAAAUUCAUGAGGACUUGUGGAGUGAACAGACUUCUGCACUGCGCUUACCAAGAUUGAAUUUGGUAACAUCUGAUUUUGAUUAUAUUAAUGUUGACAUGAUAUAAAGUGGUAUUACUACGUAUUUCACUAUGUAUGGCUGUGAAAGCUGGUAGGAAGAAAAUCGAUGAGCUUGAAACAUGGUGAGGGAGGAGAAAUUUAGGAUUAUCCUUGCCUAGCAGAAAGACACACAAGUGGGUCCUAGAACAAAUCAAGCCAAAGCAGAAGUGGCAAAACUGAAGCUGCCACAUCAUGAGAAGGUAGGACUCACCUGAGAAGACAACAACAGGCAGACCAACUUUGAGAUAGAGCUUACCUGAGCUGGGCUGUCAAAAAUAGGACAUUUAGAUGGCAUUCAUUCAUAGGGUUGCUGUAACUUGGGGAUGACUUGAUGGCACAUAACUAGUGUAUAUUAUGAAUAUUGUUGAAGUUCCAAAACACAUGUAAGAUGGUAAAUUAAAUUGAUGUACAGGGAAUACGAAUGUAAAUAUUACAAUUUUUACUCACUAAUUUUUAGAACUAUAUGCAAGUUUUUCCUGUUGACAUAGGGCAUACUCAAAGUUUCUUUUGCAUCUAUGAGUGAAGGUACAUAUUAUAAAAGGGAGUGGCUUUUAAAGGUUUUGGUACUUUCUAAUGGAUUAAGCUUUAUAUGAAAAAUAAUGGAAUAUAGACUCUGAAUCAGUUUGGGAAUAGAGUCUCAGAGAAACCAGCUUUUAUCAACUUUGUGUGUAAGGGCAGUUGAAAAUAAUUGCUAAAAUACAAAGGCUGCCAUACUAAUGUUGUGAUGAGCAUCGAUUAGUUGUUCCAGAAUUGAUGAAAUAAACUCUCUCUCCAGCCCUUCUCUAAAGGAAUGUUUUGAAGUGGUACUUUUCAGCAAAUGCAUCUAGCAGGGGUGGAGGGUUCCCUCUCUGGGCUGCCAGCUCCUCCGCCUGCGUGGGAGGAGGGGGCGGUCAGCCUCCCCUCCCAGCAGUCUCCACUGCCCCGCUUCUCAGCUGAGUGGCAAGAAAACAGCUGAAGCAUGGGGUUCAGUGGGCUGUGGAUUCCCCCUUCCCUCAUUUCUAAACUGAUUUCUAGUGAUCGUCUGAGCAGUGGGAUGGAGAGAUGAGGUUUAAACCACCCUGCUGUUCCUCUGAUGGCUGAAAAAUAGCUGAGGGGGCACCAGGGACUGAAUGUUGGUGUAUACAUUUGGCUUUGGACCUGGCCAGUGAUGGAUCUGCCCCUCAAGGGAAUCUGGCCCUUGAGCGGGGGGUGGGGGGGGGGCGGGGGAGGAAAGGUUCCUUGUCCUGGUAUGUAUAAUUGUUCUGUCGGUUUUGUAAAUAGAUAACUAAGCCAAAUCAAAUACAGUCGACUUUGGAAACUUGUCAGCAUACUCGGUUUAACAGGAAUUUUGCUGCCGAUUGUUCUUAAAUGGCUGUUUUGCACAAAAUGCUGUUCUUUGACUUUAAAAACAUACCAGAUGCCACAGGAGAGAGCCAUUGUUUGGUUCCUAGAUGUACAGUGCUAAUUUAUGAUGAGGUUAAAAGAUAUAGUGUAUCUCACUGACUGAAUAAGCUUCUUGUGGUACUUGAGGUAAUCUUAGGAUGUAAUAGACAUAGUGAAGCUCAGUUAAUAAUAGUUCUUCACCUGAGCCCAAUAGUUACAGAAAAAUACCUAACUUGUUCUGAAUGUUUUUCUUUUCUCUGGAUUAGUAAUAAAUGGCAAUACUGUUUUCAAAAAGCACUUUUUUCUAAUGAGAAUGUUUCAAGCACUACUGAGACGUAAUGUUUACAUUGUUUAAUGUGUUCGCUAGCAUUCUUAUAAUUUGGAAAAAAUACAUAAUGCUUAUAUUUGUAUUGAGUUCGAACACUGAAACGUCAUGUGACUAAAAAUCUGAAGAUGUUUAAUGCUCUUAUUUAUGGAUACAAUUAAAGCAAUGCUAAUUUUUUCCUU